AUGCUUCAAGCCCUCAAGAAAUAAGAAAAAGAGACAUACUUAUAGGGAUCGAUUAGACUUUAAAAUAAACAGUUUGGAGAUCAAGGAAUCGAUAGCAUCAACUAUUUUGACCAAAAGCAUGCUGAAAUCUAACAAAUCGAUAAAGUAAAAGCCUCUUUUAAUCAUGAUCAUAGAUCUAGGAAUCUGAUUGGGGGUAUAAUAUGGAGAUCUUAACUUGAUAAACCAGAGACAAGUAAAUAAAUUACUAAAUAAUUUUUUCAGCCUGAGAAAUCCUCUAUAACCAAAGAAUCGCCAUUCCAACAGACUGUCUAUGAUAACUUAUGUGGAGAUAUACCGUCAUCUGUUUACAGUUCCAUGGCUCUAACGCAUCAAAAGAUAAUUCAAUAAGAUUUAUUGAAAAAGGUCUAUAGAAUUGAGUGCAUGAAAUGUAGAAAGACCUUUAAAAAUAGUGAAUGCAUUUGCCCACAUUGUUUUUAAAAGGAGUCAAUUAUUCUAGAAGUUCAGAACUUAAUUUGUUCAGGCUACAUGAGUGACGAGCAGAUAGAUGAUAACUUGAAUUAAAGUAGCAAUAAUGACAUCAUAGAUUCUAAUGGCUCUGAUGAAGAGCAUUUUGAGAAUAGUGGAAGUUCAGAAGAACUAAGAGGACUUUUGCUUGAAUAGAACAUGAACUAGGACAAUGCUGAUAAUCUCAAGUUUCAGUUCAUGAUUCAACUCGACAAUAAUAAACAAGAAGAAGUUUAAAGCAAGUUGAACCUAGGAUUCCCUAGCAAAGAUUUAAGAAACAGCAACAAUAAUAAUCCAAGUGAGAUAGACAUAAUGAUGCCAGAGAAAGUAGAUGAUAAAGAGGUUGAGUAGUAGUUAAAGAAUCUGCUAAGAAAUGCAAAAGUAUGCAACUCUAGUGGCAACCUAAAUCCGUCUGAUUUUCCAUCUGCUUCUCCCCCGAUUAUUAUCAAGAGAAACCGAAGUGAUAGUCCUAGGAUAGCUAUCUUUAAGGAUAUAGACACCUCUAGUAUAGAUGAGAAUUCUCAAAUAACAACUAAGCAGUCCACUACUAAUCUCAAUAGAACUUCUAAGUAGCUAACUCCUACCACUCAAGCUAAUCUAAGAAAUUUUUCGUUUCCAACCUCUCAGGUAGAUCAAUCCUCUUGUGUUAAUUUUAACAAAGACAUAAUGAGAAGCCUGAUAUCCAGAAAAAUGGAGAAUUAGAAAACGUUUUAUGAAUUGAAAGUGCUUAAUAACUUUUAAAGUAUUUAUUCUCUGAGUUUAAUGGGCAAUAAUACAACUCAAAAUAAUGGUCAAUUAAUUCAUACUAGAGUAGCACAAGCACAAUAGCAGUAGCCUUACGAAAAGAAAAACUCAAACAUUUUCACUGAUUUCAUUCUAGAUAUGGGUAAAAACUACAACAACAAAGAAAUACCUUAUGUAAAUGUGAAAUCAUCUAAUAUAAAAUAGCAUGGUUUGGAAUGA